AUGGCGUUCAGCGGAAGUUCGCCUGAGCGAGAGCGCUCUGGGAGUUGGAUACCGAAUGGAUCCGAGUCCUUUUUCGGGAGUGAAGGAUCAGAGGCACCUGAGGGCGCUGAAGGUCUGGGCACCGUAUACACACCGGUGCUCAAUGCGGCCCAACGAGCGAAACUAGAAGCGCUUUCGGAGCUGGUGCGCUCUGCCGCCGAACUAAAUCUCACGCCGACCGAAAAGGCCUGGAUGGAUGAGGCGUGCCUAUCCCGGUUUCUACGGGCGCGACGAUAUCACGUUCAAAAAGCGUUCCGGCAGCUGCACGAAACGAUUGUGUGGCGGCGCAGUUUCGGGGUAGAGCAGUUGAUGCUCGAUCCCGAGCUCGCGGACGUCAAGCGCCAGUCUGAGACCGGCAAGUUGUAUGUGCACGGUAAAGACCGGUUUGGUCGACCAGCAGUCUUCAUGAAACCGCGACUGCAGAACACCAGUGAGCGGAAAACGGCUCACGAACAAAUGAGGCAGCUUGUGUACACGCUCGAACGAGCUGUUGCGGAGAUGAUGCCGCCAGUCGAGAAAAUCUGCCUCGUGAUUGACUUUCCCGGUUAUUCGUUGCGAAAUGCACCGUCUAUUAAAGUACAGCGACAGACGUUGAAGAUUCUCCAAGACUACUAUCCGGAGCGCUUAGGAUUCGCUGUUUGCAUUGAUGCACCGGCAAUUUUCUGGACAUUUUUUGAGAUUGUCAAACCAUUCAUCGAUCGGCGAACAUCCGCAAAAAUACAGUUUUGCAGUCGAAAGGCGAAAGAAGGCACCAAACAAAAUAUGCGGACGCUGAUGAAUCAAUUAUUUGACCCAGAGGCGCUGGAAAUCGAACUCGGCGGGCGAAGCGCUUGGCGAUACUCCAAUGAGGAAUACUUUCGCGAACGAGUGCUUCCUGAGUAUUUGAGAAUUAAAUCCUAUCCAGAGCGCGUGGAAAUGAUUCCUUGUGCUGAGGAGGACGUUAAUAAUACACAGGACGUUUUCUACGACAGCAUGAGCUGCCUCGAUUGA